CGAUGGCCGUAAAAUAAAUCGACAGUUUAUCAAAAGGCAAUUAAUUACAAUUAAUUUGCAGUAUUCAAUGCGAAUAGCUAUACUUACAGUAAGCGAUUCCUCUUCCAGUGGAACAAGAGAGGAUAUCAGCGGUCCAUUACUUCGGCAAUUAAUAUUCGAUUCCAAUAUCAUAUCCAAUCCAAGUGUAAAAAAUUUCCUUGUAUCAGAUGAGAAACAAGAAAUUACGAAUAUGUUAAUUAAUUUAUGCAAAACCUUUGAUGUGAUUAUAUCAGCAGGCGGGACAGGUUUCUCACCACGAGAUGUUACUCCCGAAGCAACGCAAAGUGUUAUCGAGAAAAAAUGCGGUGGACUGGAAACAGCGCUUCAUAUACGUUCACUGCAGGCUACACCAUUUGCUGCCUUAUCACGAUUAUGUGCGGGUAUCCGUGGUUCUACCCUAAUUGUUAAUUUACCUGGAAACCCGAAAGCUGUUAAGGAAUGUUUUGAAGUGUUAGAGAAGAUACUACCACAUGCGGUAGAGCUUCUCAAUACUGAAGAUGUGCACAACGUAACAAAACACUCCCAUUUGAUAACUCACUGAAAAUCACGAAUUUCGAUAUUACUAUAUGAUCUUAUUUCUCGAAACAAUCUGGAAAAGAAUAUAUCGUUUGUUUUGAUCGUAUUGUCUGAUCAGAUCAGAUUGCGAAUAGUUAAAUCUAGAAUUCCUGCGGAGUUUCUUCAGCGAAAAAUUUUAAUUCUAAAGGAUGUGGAUAAGUGACAGACAACAACUGUUUAAAUUUUAUUUUUGAUAUUCAGAAAGUUGUAUGAAAUUGUCAAA